GUUGAAAUUCCUUUCAGAGAUUCGCGUUCUUUCAACAAGAAUCGUUCUCUCCUUUCAGAGGUCUUGGAAAGUACAUUGGGAGCCUAGAAAGAAUACGGUCUAUCAUAGUCAAAGAAAGCACCUGAACAUCUUACAUCAUGACUUUGGCAGGUUGCACCAAGUGUAUCAAAUACAUGCUGUUUUUCUUCAACUUUGUUUUCUGGUUGGCUGGAGGUGUAAUCUUGGGUGUGGCUCUUUGGCUUCGUCAUGACAACCAGACGAGCAGCCUGCUCCUUCUACAGUUCGAAGGCAACCAAGCUCCAGGCACUUUCUACAUCAGUGUGUACAUUCUAAUAGCAGUGGGGGCUGUGAUGAUGUUUGUUGGCUUCCUGGGUUGUUAUGGUGCCAUUCAGGAAUCUCAGUGUCUCUUAGGAACGUUCUUUUUCUGUUUAGUUAUUCUCUUCGCCUGCGAGGUGGCUGCAGGAAUCUGGGGUUUCAUGAACCGAGAAACUAUCUCCAAGGAACUGAUCACCUUCUAUGACUCAGCUUAUAUCAAGGCAGUGGAAGUAUCCGAUACGCCCAGUAAAAAAGCUGCCCUUCACGUAUUGGAGGUCUUCCACGAGACGCUGCACUGCUGUGGGAAAGGAGAUGACAGUCUUCUAUUCACAGCAAUCUCAAGCAAUUUGUGCCCCAAAAAGUCUGUUGAGGAUGCCUUAUUGAAAUCUCAGAGCUGUCACAUUAAACUGAAGGAUCUGUUCUCUGAGAAGCUCUACCUGAUUGGCUUGGCUGCGCUGGUGGUGGCAGUCAUUAUGAUCUUUGAGAUGAUCUUCACCAUGGUUCUCUGCUGUGGUAUUCGCAAUAGUACCCCCGUGUACUGAGAACAGACUGGGGUCUGAAGUGACACACCGCUCAGAAACUCAAGACAAGAAGGGACAGUGACGUCAUGUUUGUGUGGUUGUGCCUUUGACUUUUUAUUGUAUUGUGGGACUACAGUUUGUACAUGGCCCUCAGCGUUUUUAUUGAAGAAUAGAAAUCCACUUUGUGUGUGAUUGACAACACACCUAAUACUGUUGCUUGAGUCUGUGUUGAAUUCUUUAGAGUAUUUCACAUCGUGCAGUAGUUAAAGACAGAUCAUGCUUCAUACUAAACAUUUGUCGUCUCUUUUUUAUUCCGUGUGAAGUAUUUUGAAAGUUCUUUUAUGGUUGUAUAAACUGUAUAUAUUCUUAUUUCCUUUUCUUUUUUAAAACAUUGACUUGUCUGAAAAUGUCACCUGGACAGUUUUGGUAUACGUUUGUAAAGUACGUAUCUUUGACAUGAGCAGGGAUUCAUAUGUUCAGGGUAACACUGCCCCACUGUUAUAAGCAAGUGGAGCUGUGUCAAGUAACAGUUCUACUUCUGUUUACCAUUUUCUCACCCCUGUGUGUUUUGUUUUUCUAACAUAUAAACUGUUUACUUUACAGUUUCUCCAACACUUUUGACUUCAUCUGUCCCUCCUGUAUAAAAACCAUGAUUUAGCGUGGAUUUUGUUCUCUGUUGUUUUUAAUCAUUGACAAAUAGCACUAAUAAAGAUAUUUUGGCUUUAA